GGGAGAACUGCCAGCAUAUAUGAAGGUUGUUUAUAAUGCAUUUCUUGAUGUCUUUGGUGAAAUGGAGAUAGAAUUGGCUGCCAGAGGAGAAUCCUACCGCAUUCACUAUGCCAAAGCUGAGAUGAAAAAACUAGUGGAAGCAUAUUAUAAAGAAGGGACAUGGUUCCAUGGUGGAUCAACUCCAACGUUUGAUGAGUACAUGAAGGUGGCACUUAAGUCAUCCGGUUAUUUUAUGGCGGCAACAGCUUCUUUGGUAGGCAUGCCAGAAGAUUUUGUAGCUAGUAAUGCCUUUGAUUGGUUGGAAACUCAUGACCCCUUAAUUGUUCAAGCUUCUGCAAUCAUUGCAAGAUUAAAGGAUGACAUAGCUGGACAUAAGUUUGAGCAGGAAAGAGGGCACAUGGAUUCGGCUGUAGAGUGCUACAUGAAACAAUAUGGGAAGUUAGAAGAAGAGGCGGUGAAAGAGCUUGAAGAAGUAGUAGCCAAUGCAUGGAAAGAUAUCAAUCAAGAAUGCCUUAAACCUACUGCUAUUUAUCCAUUGCCUAUACUCAUUCGAGUUGUCAAUCUCGCAAGGGUUAUUGAAUUGCUCUACAAAAAAGAUGGUGAUUCAUAUACACAUUCCUCAAACCUUAAGCCCAUGAUAACCUCCAUCUUGGUUGAUCCGGUCUUGUGAAAUUCCCGCUCGGAGAAGUUAAUAAUAA